AUGCCGCGCCCCGGCCGCAGCUGUGUCGCGCGCCUCGACCACCACUGCGGCUGGAUCAACGCCUGCGUCGGCCUUCACAACACGCGCCACUUCCUGGCAUUCCUGGUCUCCAACCUCGUCCUCUGCGCGUACGCGGCCGCGGUCUGCUGCGCGGCGAUAUCGGGGGACCUGCGGCGGCGCGGUGUGCUGGAUAUAUACGUGUUUGACCGACAGCUGGGCCGCCUGGUGCCCGUGGCGCAGCGGCCCGCCAGGGUGUUGGAGUACGUGGCGGUGUUUUACGGCGUCGCCGCCGCCGCGGGCAUGUUCAAUGCGGUGUGCGCGCUGCUGCUGGCCGGCUUCCUGGCCUACCAGCUGAGCAUCAUCGCCGCGGGCACCACCACCUACGAGGCGGCGAAAUUGCGGGAGCUGGCCGCCGUGCGGCGGCGCGGCGGCGGCGGCGCUGACGCGGGCGUGGGUGCGGGGGCGGUCACAGCACUGGCAGGCAGCGGGGCGGCGGCUGCGGCUGCGCGCGCAUGA